CAUCACCUUGGAACAUGGGGAAGCGUGGUCUGACUAUUGACAGAAAAGGAAGUACAGAAGAGGAAAGAAAACCAGCAUUUUUCACCAUCAGAGGGUGAUAAACGAUUCUGACAGCUAUGUGCAAAUACUAAAUCGUUGCAGGUGUGAUGGAGCUGCAGCAGCAUUUUUCUGUGUCCGUCAAUGAUAAUGAAGAAAUUGAAGGAAAUGCAGAGAAGGGGAAUAUGCAGAAAAAUUGUGAUGCUGGAGCAGAAGAUCUUGAUCAAAGUCUUCAGCUUUCACCUACUGCACACCGUGGAACUAUAACCAGUACAACACUGCUCUCAGAACACCAUGAAAGAAAGUGUGUGUUUUUACUGUUUGCUGUGAACAUUCUUAUCUCAGCCAUCAUCCUUGUCAUUGUGAGUCUAAAUUACUCUCACAACAGAGAAACACAACCAAUAAAAGGACAAAAAGAAAUGUGGCUUCUCCGUGACGAUGUGUUUUAUUUGUUCUGGAGUGACCAAAUUGAUUGCUGCGCUGCUGAGCGCUUCUGCUCUGAGAGAAACGCCAGUCUGGCCGUUUUAACUGAGCAUAACAAGGUCUGGUUGAUGUCUAGGACCAAUGGAAAGCAAUUUUUGGUCUCAAGAGCCUCAUCAGAAGGAUCUGGAGACACUGCUUCUCUCUCAGUGGAAAAUGAAAAUUGUGAGUGUGGCAUCAUAACCGAAGAUGUUGACACAGACCAUGGAGAAGGAUUUGUGUGUGAAAGGAGUGUGAAUCCCGGUCAGAAAUUGUACAGACUUCAACAUCUUUUGAAGCUGUAAUGGAUAUACUGGACAGCUCCUUGGCCCAAAGUUCAGCUUCCAGACAUUAUGCAUGUGCUGUACUUCAUUUAUCCUGUUUUAUUUUAUUAAAACUCUUCUCUGUAAACACUAGACAGAAUAGCUGUAUUGUCUUCAGAAGUUCCAGAUAAGAGGUUGUCUCCAUUCAAGGAUUUCAAUUACAUUUUUAAAAAGCGUUAAUUUUCUCUUAUAUAAUUCUCUUUUUCUUGUUUUGAAAACACUUGUUUUCUAUGUGGAUGGAAUUAGUGAGAUCUUUGCCUGUGUCUAAGGUUAUUCAAUAAAUAAAUGUAAAUCAAUUUA